CCUACAUCUUGAUCUACGCAGUUUAUCAUGUCUUCCUUGAUCCGCUGAUUGCUUUUUGCGUGGCUUGACAUUUACCAUUUUUAGUUAGGUCGCAGACAUGGCAAAGGAACCGGGAUCAUCAGAAAAAUCUUUUACAAUCCAGGCGAAUCAGGAGUUGCGGUUGGAGUGCCCCGAUGGGAGACCCGUAACACUGCGGCUGGAGGAGGGCAGUGCGGAGGUGUUUGGCUCGGAGCUGCAGCGCGGCCGGGCGGUGUCGCUGACAGGCCAGAAAGUAGCGGUGUUCACUUGGGAGGGGUGUCGGGUGGUGGUGCGCGGGGAGCCGGCGGUCAUGUACGUGGCGGAGGAGACCCCCAUGCCCGCCUACCUCAACGUGCACCAGGUGCUCAACCAGCGCCGCCAGGAGGCGCAGCGAGCGACCCACGGGUCACCCGCCUGCCGCGGCCCCGUGGUGGCGGUUGUGGGUCCCACCGACAGCGGCAAGAGCACGCUGUGUCGCAUGUUGGGCAACUGGGCGGUGCGCAGCGGCUGGCAGCCGGCGUUCGUGGACCUGGACGUGGGCCAGGGCACCAUCACCGCCCCCGGCUGCCUGUCCGCGGUGCCUCUGGAGCAGCCGGUGGACGUGGAGGCGGGCUUCCUGGCCGACCUGCCGCUGGCCUUCUACUACGGACACACCUCACCGGGGGAGAACCCAGCGCUGUUCAAGGCCCUGACGGACAAGCUGGCUGCGCUGCUGCAGCGGCGGGCGCAGGCUGACCCGCGGGCCGGUGCGUCGGGACUGCUCAUCAACACAUUCGGCUGGGUGGACGGGCUUGGGUACGAGCUGCAGAAGCACGUGAUACAGGCAUUCCAGUGCGACGUGGUGUUGGUUAUGGAGCAGGACCGCCUGCACGCCACCCUGCAACAAGACCUCAAGGCCACCUGUCCGCGCACCACCAUCCUCAAACUGCCCAAGUCCGGCGGCGCGGUGAAGCGCGAGGGCGACGAGCGCCGCUCCGCUCGCGAGCAUCGAGUGCGCGAGUACUUUUACGGCAGCCCCGCCUGCCCGCUGCAGCCCGCCACACAGACCGUGAGGGCGGCGGACCUGGCUGUGUACCGGAUAGGCAGCGGCCCCCGCGCCCCCAACACCGCGCUGCCCCUGGGCGCCGUCUCGCUGGCCGACCCGCUGCGGCUGCAGAACCUGCCGCCCAACCUGGAGCUGCUGCAGUGCCUGCUGGCGGUGUCGCACGCGGCCACCCCCGACCAGAUCCUCAACUCCAACGUGGCGGGCUUCGUGCUGGUUAAGGAUGUGGACACGGCGCGGGGCACCAUCACACUCACCUCGCCGGCACCGGGGCCGCUGCCGGGGAGAUACCUCAUACUGGGCUCCAUUCG